UAGGGUUUCACUGGCUCUCGUCAAUUUAUUCUGUGUAUAUAUCUGAGACUUUGAUCAACUUCGUUUCCUUUGGCUGGGAUUUCGGAAAGGGAGCAGUGACUAGAGAGGCAGCAGGCAUGGUGAAGUAUUCGAAGGAGCCAGACAACCCGACUAAGUCCUGCAAAGCCAGAGGCUCUGAUCUCCGAGUUCAUUUUAAGAAUACAAGGGAGACAGCCCAUGCCAUUCGUAAGUUGCAUCUGGUCAAGGCCAAAAGGUAUUUGGAGGAUGUUUUGGCCCACAAGCAAGCCAUUCCAUUCCGGCGCUUUUGUCGUGGUGUGGGGCGAACUGCACAAGCUAAAAACCGUCAUUCAAAUGGACAAGGACGCUGGCCUGUUAAAUCUGCUAAGUUUAUUCUAGAUUUACUCAAGAAUGCUGAGAGUAAUGCUGAGGUGAAAGGUUUGGAUGUGGAUUCACUUUAUAUAUCUCACAUCCAGGUAAAUCAAGCCCAGAAGCAAAGGCGUCGCACAUACCGAGCUCAUGGAAGAAUUAACCCUUACAUGUCAUCUCCAUGCCAUAUUGAGUUGACUUUGUCAGAAAAGGAAGAACCUGUCAGAAAGGAGCCUGAGACUCAGUUGGCUCCUAAGAAACCAAGGGCUCAAGCACUACGCAGUGGUGCUUCUUCUUAAGAUGCAGAGUUGUAGACCGAGUUUCAACAAGUCUUUUUCUUGGUUCUCCGCAGUAAUGUAAGAACAUUUUUGUGUGUUUUACUUGAUAAAAGUGUCAUGAACUCAGAGCUUGUCUUCCGGGAGAUAUUUGUACUGUAUUUUUGGCAUCUUGAUGUGAAACCAUUUUAACUUUUGCCAUUCGUCAUGCAUUUAACAUGAAUGGUCAAAACUGCUUUGGUUCUCUACGUAUUAUUACCUAGCUGAGCUGGUGUAGCUUCGACCCAACAAC